CCCUACACCAUGCAAUGCCAGCCGCCAUGAUCUUACUACUCGCUGCCUCCGUCUCCCGUGUCCCACUGACGUUUCAGGCGUGUCUGGUCUCUCGUUAUUGCUGUCGUUCGCCGUCCCACUGAGCGGCAUGUCCAUUAGUCUGCUCCGAGCUGCCUCCCAUGGUCACACUCGCUGAUGUUGCCAUGAGAUGUCUUCUCGCAUGACGUCUUGGCCCCUCUUGAGUCCGCCUGCCACUCUAACCGAGUUACGCUGGCAAAGAAUGUCUGUCGCGCGUUGCUUCUCGCAUCGUCGUCAUGGGUCGAACCUAUACGCUUUCCGCGGCCUUGCAAUAUUCCUGCUGGCGCUGACUUGUCAGCACCGCAUUGGCCGGCUUGCGCGGGCAGCGGGCGUGAGCGGGCGUCACCAGCACGCGCAACUGCUGUUCGACGCGUGGGACUCGGCGUAUGGACUUUCCGCCAACGUCACCGCUCCUCCCCCUGCCGUCCGCCUCCCCAUCUCCCUCGCUGCAGCGGCCGCCGCCAUCACCGCUGCACCCGGCGAUGCUGACGUGGCAGUGGGUGCGGCGGGGCGGGUGAGCGUGCCAGCAGCACCGCAUCUGGAGGACUGCGCGCGGGUGACGCGGCGGCGCAUGCAGGCGGAGCAAAGAGGGGGGAGUGGGCCAGGAGCAGGGGGGGCGCUGGGCGCGCCUGCAUGGGCGCAAGUGAAGGAAGGGGGGGAGCAGGGGCCGCUUCCGCCAUGGAUCCGCGGAGCGGACGAGGACAACCUGGCCCUCACUCGCAUCGCGCAGACCGACCUCUGGCUGCACCAGUUCCACCCCAACUGCUCCUCCUCUCCUCCCCCCUCCUCCUCCUCCUCCCCCCCUUCCUCCCCCGUGCGCUUUCUGGUGGUGGAGUGGAAGCACCCGCGCGGCCACGGGCUGGGGUCGCAGCUGCACAUCAUGAGCGCCGUGCUCAGCCUCGCCUUCUUCCAUGGCCGCGUGCUCGUGCCCGCGCCCGGCACCUUCUCCCACGCCACGCACAGGGACUGCUCAGGCCCGGCCUAUGGGUCCCUCGCCUGCUACUUCUUCCCGCUCACCUCCUCCGCGUGCCAGCAGCUCGCUCUCUCCCUGUGGCAGCAGCAGCAGCAGCACGGCCCAUCGCACCCCGUGCCGCCUCCUGACCCCGGGCCCGCCCUGAGCGAGCUGCUGCAGUCGGACCUGCCGGUGGUGUUCUUCCCUGGGGUCACGCGCUUCCAGGCCAAGAUGGCCAAGGAGGCCUCCAGUGCCUUCCACUGGGGCACGCCAUGGCUGCAGCGCCAGGUGUCCACGGAGCUGUUGGGGCGCCGCUUUGAUGGGGAGGAGCGCUACCUGCAGGUGUCGUGGUGGCGCUCGCAGUCGCUGCGCUUCAUGCUGCGCUGGCCCUCGCUCUACCUCUGCCACCUCCUCAACCGUGCGCGCCACGACACCUACGGUUACCGUGUUGCUCUCCGAGUGGCUGCCACUCAGACUGCUCUCUUGACUGCCUCGGAUGGUGCUGCAGCUGGUGCAGGUGGUGGUGAUGCAGUGGGGCUGCUGGAUGGUGGAGCGGAAAGAGAACCGUUCAUCUUCCGGCCGAUAGUGAGCAUGCAUGUGCGGCAGGGAGACAAGGGCCAUGAGAUGCUGCUCUUCUCGCUUGCCUCCUACGUGUAUCUGGGGCAUCGCCUUCGGCUGCACGUGCCAAACCUCAAGCAUGUCUGGCUCAGCACAGAGAUGCAGACUGUGGUCGAUGAAGCAGUGUCGCGCUUCCAAGACUGGAUUUUCCUCUUCACCAAGGUGCAGAGGCAAACAGGAAACAAGUUCUUCUAUUCAUACGAGCAGUCAGCUGGCCCUGGUGCAGUUACAGCUGCCAGCUUUGUGAACCUCCUUGUAGCAUCACAAUGUGAUUUUUUCAUUGGAGCUCUAGCUUCCAAUUGGAAUAGGCUCAUCAACGAGCUGAGGCUUACAAAUGGACGAUACCGAUCGGGUUAUCUUGCACUCAAUCACGCCGAGUGGUAGAGGCGUGUGUUGCCGCCAUUGAGCAUUGGUUUGGAUGUAAGAAGAGCUCAAAAUGUUUUUUUAUCAAACAAAUAUGAGGAUUUGGA